AUGGUGAAAGCGUGGUACAUGGACGAUGAUACAACAAGUGAUCAGCGACUGGAGCACCACAAGAAUCCCCAAGAAUUUAUAUUACUCGAGGAACUGCUUAUGAAAACUGGAGUAGAAUAUUUCAAUCUAAAUGUUGACACAUAUAUGUCAGAUGGAGUUCUGGAUCAGUUGAAGAAGGAGCGUGGCUACACAUAUGAAGAUGAAAUUGUAUGCUCAAAAGAGUGCCUGCCAAAUUAUGAAGAGAAAAUCAAAUCAUUCUACAGUGAACACCUUCAUACUGAUGAGGAAAUACGGUUUGUCCUGGACGGGUCGGGCUACUUCGACGUGCGAGACGGCUCCGACCGCUGGAUACGUAUAGCGGUCUCCGCGGGUGACAUGAUCGUCAUUCCUGCGGGGAUAUACCACCGCUUCACACUUGACACUAUGAACUAUAUAAAAGCGAAGAGAUUUUUCAUCGGAGAACCAGUGUGGCUGCCAUACAACAGGCCAGCAGAUGACAUGCCAUGCCGUCGGCAGUACCUCGACAAACUCUCCGAGGGAUUUGUCACUGCUCACUGA